AUAAAACCUGUAUAAUUUAUAUUAACAAUUUAUACCAUUUGGCAUAAGGAAAUAACAUACAUCAGAAAAGCAGAACCAGUGCCCAGGCAUCCCUCAAUAAGGUCCAUCCUGUUUGACCACAGUAUAAAACCUGUAUAAGGCAUGUACUUUUUUUCAAUACCAAAGGACUAAUCCUUAAUGUAUUGUGCAUUGAAUUUCAUAUCCCUUCUGUUAUUAUUGUUAUCCCCACUUCCUUUUAUUUAGAUUUGCCUGAUAUACAAAGGAUAAAGAUAUAUUUGAGUACGAGGUUGGGAGGACAUGUCAGAGUUUCUAAUAUCAUUUAAAUUUUGAAGUUGUAGUGUAUUCCUUACAUGAAGCUGAGGUCUCUGAAAAUGUUAGGAAACUGACUUUUCACAAGAAAAGCAGAAGAGGAGACUUUUAGAAUAUUUAAUUGUUAGAUGAGGUGGUGAUUGUGGCAAAGAAAGAUGGAAUUAUAUUCUUUUACUUCACACAGCAUAUUGACUUAGUGGAAGAGAUACAGGCUUUGGACUUAGAUUGAUUUGGAGUCAUGGCUCUUCAUGGCCUUGGAUCUGUCUCUACAAGAUUCCACUCUUUCCAGAGAGGGGGACACAGAGGCAGAGAUUAUGGCUGCUGUGGUUUUUUCAGUUGGACCUCUCUGAGUCAUGAAGUUACCCAGCCAGAUGAAGAUCUUCACCUUCCCAUAGAAGAAACAAAGGUAUACUUUAAACACUGGUAUGAUUUCAAACUGCAAAAUUUCUGUGAUUUUAAAAGACAGCUUCGUGUUUCCUUUGUGAAAACAUACAGUAAAAUAUUGAAUAGAAGUAAGAAGAGCGGCCAUGGGUGUCUUGUUCAUGAUCUCAGGGGAAAUGCAUUUGGCUGUUUACCACAAUCAGUGACAUUUAAAGAUGUGACUGUAGACUUCACAUUGGAGGAGUGGAUGUUGAUGGACUCUACACAGAGGGACCUGCACAAGGAUGUGAUGCUGGAAAAUUACAGGAAUCUGGCCUCCCUGGGGCUUGCAGUUUCCAAACCAGACAUGAUAUCCCAUUUGGAGAAUGGGAAAGGACCAUGGGCCAUGGUGAGAGAAAUCACAAGAACCCCCUAUCCAGGUUUCUGCACUCAAUAUUUAUUAAUUUAGAUGCUCUUUAAAAGAGAACUUGUGGAGGAGAGCAAGAUGGCAGCCGAGUAACAGCUUCCUUGCAUCUGGGCACCACGAGUCCCGGGAGAUAGGACUCCAGGCAUCUCUGGCUGGUGGAAUCUGCCUAUCAUCACCUCUGUGAACUGUUUCCAUGUCUUUGGACUUGGCACUCAGUUGAACUGCCUUGGGGAGAGCCUGAGCGGGAAUGUGGAGAACUCUGGCCGCUGUCUAGGGCCCCAGUCUGAGCCGCCGAGCCAGACAGAGCCAACAGUGUUUGGCUGUGGGCCACAGGGAGCCAUUGCGAGCGAUCGCAAUAUUAUUUUUUCUAUAACUAUUUUCUGUAAAAAUCACCAGUGAAGCCAUCUGGGCAGGUAUUAUCUUCAUAGGGAAGUUUUUUUCAUUUGUUUGUUUGUUUUUGAGAUAGAGUCUCACUCUGUUGCCCUGGGUUGAGAGUCAUGGAAUCAUAGCUCAACUGUUGGGUUUGAGCUUGUCUCUCGUCUCAGCUUCCUGAGUAGCUGGACCUACAAGUGCCUGUAAGAAAGUUUAAAUUAUGAAUUCAAUUAGAUCAACAAAGGAUUAUUCAGAUUUUCUGUCUUUUUUUAAGUUUU